ACUGACUCGGCGCUGCGGGCUCCACCUCUCGCUCUCCCGGGCCGGCGCUGCGGACGCGCUCCAGCCGGAAUACUGGGAUCUUCAAUGGCAGGAGAAGGAGUAAUUAGAAGACCGAGAUGAGCUUGAACACUAUUCUAGAAGAGAUUCUUAUUAAAAGGUCACAGCAGAAAAAGAAGACAUCACCCUUAAACUACAAAGAGAGACUUUUUGUACUUACAAAGUCCAUGUUAACCUACUAUGAGGGUCGAGCAGAGAAAAAAUACAGAAAGGGGUUUAUUGAUAUUUCAAAAAUCAAGUGUGUGGAAAUAGUGAAGAAUGAUGACGGUGUCAUUCCCUGUCAAAAUAAGUAUCCAUUUCAGGUUGUUCAUGAUGCUAACACACUUUAUAUUUUUGCACCUAGUGCACAAAGCAGGGACCAGUGGGUGAAGAAGCUAAAAGAAGAAAUAAAGAACAACAACAACAUUAUGAUUAAAUAUCAUCCUAAAUUCUGGGCAGAUGGAAGUUAUCAGUGUUGCAGACAAACUGAAAAAUUAGCACCUGGAUGUGAAAAAUAUAAUCUUUUUGAGAGUAGUAUAAGAAAAGCAUUACCUCCAGCACCAGAAACAAAGAAGCGAAGGCCUCCCCCACCAAUUCCACCUGAAGAGGAUAAUAGUGAAGAGAUCGUUGUAGCAAUGUAUGAUUUCCAGGCGAUAGAAGCACAUGAUCUCAGAUUAGAGAGAGGCCAAGAGUAUAUCGUAUUAGAAAAGAAUGAUGUUCACUGGUGGAGAGCAAGAGAUAAAUAUGGGAGUGAAGGAUAUAUCCCAAGUAAUUAUGUAACAGGAAAAAAACCAAACAACUUAGAUCAAUAUGAAUGGUAUUGCAGAAAUAUGAAUAGAAGCAAGGCAGAGCAUCUCCUCAGAAGUGAAGAUAAAGAAGGUGGUUUUAUGGUAAGGGAUUCCAGUCAACCAGGCUUGUACACCGUCUCCCUUUAUACAAAGUUUGGAGGAGAAGGUUCGUCAGGUCUCAGGCAUUAUCAUAUAAAGGAAACGACAACAUCUCCGAAGAAGUAUUACCUAGCAGAAAAGCAUGCUUUUGGCUCCAUUCCUGAGAUUAUUGAAUAUCAUAAGCACAAUGCAGCAGGGCUUGUCACAAGGCUGCGGUACCCAGUUACUGUGAAGGGGAAGAAUGCACCAACCACAGCAGGAUUCAGCUAUGAGAAAUGGGAGAUUAACCCUUCAGAGCUGACCUUUAUGCGGGAACUGGGGAGUGGACUGUUUGGAGUGGUGAGGCUUGGAAAGUGGCGAGCCCAGUAUAAAGUAGCGAUCAAAGCUAUUAGGGAGGGUGCCAUGUGUGAAGAGGACUUUAUAGAAGAAGCUAAAGUGAUGAUGAAACUGACACACCCGAAGUUAGUACAGCUCUAUGGUGUAUGCACCCAGCAGAAACCAAUUUACAUUGUGACGGAGUUCAUGGAGAGGGGCUGCCUUCUGAAUUUCCUCCGACAGAGACAAGGUCAUUUCAGUAGAGACGUGCUGCUGAGCAUGUGUCAGGAUGUAUGUGAAGGGAUGGAGUACCUGGAGAGAAACAGCUUCAUCCACAGAGAUCUGGCUGCCAGAAAUUGUCUAGUAAAUGAGGCGGGAGUUGUGAAAGUAUCUGAUUUUGGAAUGGCCAGGUACGUUCUGGAUGAUCAGUACACAAGUUCUUCUGGUGCUAAAUUUCCCGUGAAGUGGUGUCCACCUGAAGUGUUUAAUUACAGCCGCUUUAGCAGCAAAUCCGACGUCUGGUCAUUCGGUGUUUUAAUGUGGGAAGUAUUCACUGAAGGCAGAAUGCCCUUUGAAAAAAACACCAAUUAUGAAGUGGUAACCAUGGUUACUCGAGGCUACCGACUCUACCGGCCAAAGUUGGCAUCCAACCACAUCUAUGAGGUGAUGCUGAGAUGUUGGCAGGAGAAACCAGAAGGAAGGCCUUCCUUUGAAGAUUUGCUGCGCGCGAUAGAUGAACUCGUUGAAUGUGAAGAAAUGUUUGGAAGAUAAGUAGUGGUGUGACCAGCGGCUGCCACAGUCCAGAGCACAAGGAAGAAAUGGCACUUGGUGGCUCACUUCUAAUUUAUUUAGCACCUGGGUGUGUAGAUUGUUUUACUUAUAAAGUGAAAGCACCAUUUGCUUCUAGACCAGCCGUAGCUCUGUGACUGAAUCUUCAGCUUGUGGAAAUGCUGCCUUAGAGGUGGUGAUUAAAAGCACUCACUCGGAUUCCUUCCUCAGGCGCUUGAGUGCCCACUGUGUUCCAGCCCCACGGUUUGCCCCUUUUAGGGAUGCACACAGGACUGUGUUAGCUGGUGCCAGAAGGUGGCCAGGGUGUUGGGAAGGAGAAGGGUAUUACACCAUGUUCUGGCAACCCUCCUCUUCCCAUGGACUUCUACAGAAAUCUGGAUCUGGGCAUUGUCUGGAAUUGGUUUCUAAAUGAAUCAGGAACCCACCUUGGAUAAAUACCUAUCUUUUAUUUUGAAAACAUCUGUUUUCAAGACCGU